UCUUAAGUAAUAGUCCAGGCCCGCACCAAAAUGAAAGCCCGCAUCAAAUUCACUGUUCUUCUGCAAAAAUACAACCACCGCUCACCCCCAAAUGAAUAAUCUCGUUUUGAACAGUGAGGUGAUAUUAGAUGUUCCAGUUACAAUUUUAUCCCUCAAAUUACUUCAAAAUCGGAGCCUCCAUCAAAUCCCGCCAUAUUUCGCUGCCUUUUUCACGCAAAGAAGAGGAGUUCUUCAGUGGUUGAAUUGAUAUUUUCGGCAGAUUCCGUCAAAGAUUUGGUCUUUCGCUUUUCAUCCAGGCGAAGGCUGCUGGGGUUGAGGGUGCCAUCUUUACCGAAUUUCAUCGAGGUACAUGUUCUACAUUUUUACCCAAUGGCACCGAGAUAUUGAAAAAUUGCAGAUACACUGCAACGUCUUUGUGUGAGAUGAUGCUUGUUUGAAUUGAUUCAGGUUUGUCUUCUGUUUUUUUGUCCCUGUGAAAUAAGAUAGCACAGAUUUCUUUGUGAAUUGAGAUCAUAUACUUAUUUCAUUCUGAAAUGGAAGUUUUCUGAUUUGGAUGUUUGUGAAUUGGGAUCUUAUGCUUUCUGCAACGUGAAAUGAUUGUUUUCUGAUUUUGGGUCUUUGUGAAAUGAGAUGCUUGUUUGAAUUGCUUGUCAUUUGUUUUCUGUUUUUGUCUUUCUGAAACAACAAUUACAAGCACCGAUUUCUCCCUAAAUUGUGAUCCUAUGCUUAUUUUAAUAUGGAAUGGAAGUUUUCUGCCUUGGGUGAUUGGGAAUUGUGAUCCUAUGCUUGCUGCAAUGUGAAAUGCUUGUUUUUUUUAUUUUGGCUCUUUGUGCUUCUCAUGGUUGCUUGAAAAAUCAGAUUAUGAUGUAUUUGGGAACCUAGCUUUCCUCUUUAAACCAUAAUAACAGGGACGUCAAUUAGUUUGUCACCUUGGGAGCAUGCCUUUGUAUUCCAAUUGAUUAUAGGAAGUGUUUGAUUAUUAUAUCCGAACUAAGAACUGUUUUAACUCAUAAACUUCACUCAUAGGAUAAUAUUUGUUAUUCGUUGCAGACACAUAUUUUGCUUUUUUGGGUUGAGAGUGACAAUGCCGACUGAUGACGUUAAUAUAGUGUGUAUAUACCUGUUGAUGGAAGAGAUUUUCCUAGAAAAUCUCAUUCUCAUACUGGUAGCUUAUCAUAUUAUGGUUAGGAUGAGAUCACGUAAACGAAGAAGAAAUACUAAUGCAGCAGUUUUUGGGUACAUUGAACGAAUUCCUGAUCAAGCUUUCCAUAUGAAUAGGCUCGUAUGUGUUAGCGAUGUAGAUUGUGUAGCAAACUUACGCAUGGACCGCAACACAUUCGGUAGACUUUGUCUUUUGUUGCGUGAUCUAGGGGGGUUAUCUGAUGGGAGGUACAUUAGGGUGGAAGAACAAGUCGCAAUAUUUUUGUCCAUACUAGCACACCACAAAAAAAAUAGGGUUGUUAGGUUUGAUUUUUGGCGGUCCGGCCAAACUGUAUCCAAAUUUGUGCACCUCGUUCUAAGGGCAAUUCUAAAAUUGCACACCGUUUUACUUGUCAAACCUGUUCCCGUUCCAGAUGACUGUACGGACAACAGGUGGCGAUGGUUCAAGGGUUGUUUGGGUGCUCUCGAUGGCACUUAUAUAAAUGUGUUGGUGAGUAAUGCCGACAAACCGAGGUAUCGAACCCGCAAAGGGCAGAUAUCUACAAACACACUCGCUGUUUGUGAUCGAAGUAUGAAAUUCGUGUAUGUGUUGCCCGGUUGGGAAGGCUCGGCUGCAGAUUCGAGAAUAUUGCGCAAUGCCCUCACACGGGUAAAUGGGUUGAGGGUGCCCAAGGGUAGUUAUUACCUUUGCGACAACGGGUAUGCUAAUAGCGAAGGUUUUCUUGCUCCAUAUAAGGGGAUACGCUAUCAUUUGAAGGAAUGGGGCCCAAAUGCAGCCAGACCCCAAAAUUCAAUGGAAUUGUUCAAUCUACGUCAUUCGAAGGCAAGAAACAUUAUCGAACGUGCUUUUGGAAUCAUGAAAAUGAGGUGGGGGAUUUUGAGGAGCACUACCUUCUAUCCCGUGAAGACUCAGAACCGUCUAAUCAUGGCGUGCUUCAUUUUAAAUAAUUUUAUCCGAGCAGAGAUGCCUGAAGAUCCAAUCGAGCAAGAAUUUGAUAGUGCAACUAUGAACGAGCAAGAUGAUGUUGAGGGUGAUGCUGAAUUUAUAGAUGUGAUAGAGUCUUCUCACCUAUGGAACGCGGAGAGAGAUGCAAUUGCGGAUGCGAUGUGGCAAGACUAUCUAAACAAUAUUUGAACUACUAAUAUUUGUAUAUAAUAAGAACUCGGCGCAGUUUUUGUAAACCUCUGCCAGUAGAUUUGAUAUA